AUGGUUGGUCUGGGCCACCACGUAUUGAAGAUGUCACUCCUCCAAUCGAUCUUCAGAAUUACAACGUCGGUCAGCCACUGUCUCCGAGGAGUGGCCCAUUUCCCAGACGUAGGAUUCGGGCUUCAGAUCAGGACAGCCACGAAAAGAGCCGGUGGUUCGACAAAAAACAAUCGCGGUUCGGCGGGUCGACGGUUAGGUGUCAAGAGAUUUGGAGGCCAAAAGGUUGAACAGGGAGAAAUCAUCAUUCGCCAACGUGGACAACGGUUUCAUCCUGGUCAAGAUGUCUACAUCAGUAAAGAUCAUACCCUACAUGCAGCAAUCCCUGGCUUUGUGAAGUUUUACCAAGACCCACGUGGGGAUCAUGUCGGGUAUAGGGCAUUGAGUCUGAGGCGUCAGAGAAUGAGGAAGUUUGUAGGAGUCGUCGCGAAUCCAGAUGAACAACUUCCAAGGAAUUUACCAGAAGAAGGACGGGCACGAUACUUCGACUUGGUCGAUUUAGCUGCCAAAGAGCGGAAAGCUGCCUCCAAGCCAGCUACACCCCGAAUCCCCCAAACGGCCUUUGCUCGCCCGGUGGCAAUUGAUCCAUUUUAG